AUGGCAGCAAAUCAACCAAAUAGUAAUUCACUUAACAAUAAAAAUCCGGAACCUCUUAUAUUAACUUACCUUGCUCAUAAAGGAUAUAAACAAACCGAGGCAAUGUUUAGACAAGAAUCUACAAGAAACUUUCCAAUUGAUCAAAAUAACGAUACUAUGACGCCUAAUUUUUUGAGUUACUCUAAUUACCCUAAUUAUACCACUUAUUCUAAUUACACUAAUAUAAACCCACCAGAUAUAUACAAACAAAGUUAUACUGCUUUAAGGAAAUGGAUAGAAGGAUCAUUAGAUAAGUUUAAGGACGAAUUGCAAAGAAUUCUAUGGCCGAUAUUUGUACAUUCGUAUCUCGAACUUGUGUCAAGAGGAUUUUCUGAUCAUGCGACGGAAUUUUUUGAAGAAUUUCAACUAGAUCACAAAAUGCACAGCAGAGAGCUCGGUACAAUGCGAGUGAUUAAAUAUUCACAUCACGUACAGGAGAAUGAAUUUGCUAAAAAUUUUCGUUCAAAGAAAUAUCCAAUACAGAUGUCUUCAAUAUCAUAUGAUAUUUUUUUCGAUUUUUUACAAGACAAUCCUCCUAAUGGAAGUAGUAAUAGUUUCUUAUUCAGACUUGUAAAUCAAUCCCUUAAUAUUGAAGUUGGUACAUCGCAUACAGAUGUUGGUAUCCCUAGUUUUUCCGCUCAAGAGCUUGAAGAAUACAAUAAACACGAACUUCAUUUGGGACAUAUGCCGAUGCAUCCAGAGUUCCGUGAGGAAAUUGAGAAAACGUUAAGAGAACAAGACGAAAUUUAUCAAAGACAAUUUGAGGAAGAAAAUCAGUUAGGGAUAAAUGAAGACCAGACAAACGGAAUACCGGCUUCACUUUAUCAAGAGUUUGUAAAUAAAGUAAAAAGGGAACAGAGUUCAGAUGCUCCUGACAGGAUGUCUAUCCCGCUGCCUUCACACAAAGAAGCUGAUGUAUUAGCACAAGUCGAAACGAUUAAAGACUUGAGACUACGAGUAGAACUGGGACCAUCUUCAACUCUUCCAUCAGUUUGUUUUUAUACAUUUUUUAAUACUUACGAUAGCCUGAAUUGCUUAACCAUUUCUGAAGACACGUCUCUUAUCGCUGGAGGUUUUUCAGAUUCAUACAUUAAAAUUUAUAGUUUGAAACACGAAAAACUAAGAGGACUUCGAGGACGUAUAAAUCCAGCUGAAAUCAAUACUGCCAGCGAUCUUGAAAAUGCGAGAGAAAAAGUCGGUAGUGAUUGUAAAAGACUUUUAGGACAUUCCGGACCUGUGUUUGGUUUGAGUUUCAGUCCUGAUAAUAAAUAUUUAAUUUCAUGCUCAGAAGACAGGACAGCGCGACUUUGGAGUUCAGACACUUAUACUAACCUUGUAUGUUAUAAGGGCCACAAUUCUCCAAUAUGGGAUGUUGAUUUUAGUCCUUUAGGUUUUUACUUCGUAACGGCUUCACAUGAUAGAACUGCAAGGCUUUGGAGCUGUGAUCAUAUUUAUCCUUUAAGGAUCUUUGCGGGACAUAUCUCAGAUGUAGACACUGUUAAAUUUCAUCCCAAUUCUAAAUACAUUGUUACUGGCUCAAGUGAUAAAUCAGUUCGAAUGUGGGAUAUUCAAGGAGGUAGAUGUCUUCGAUUAUUCUCUGGACAUACUGGAGGAAUUUCUUGUAUAAGUAUAUCUGAUGAUGGACGUUUAAUGGCCUCAGCAGGAGAAGAUAAAUCCAUAAUGCUGUGGGAUCUUGGAAGUGGAAAGCUUCUCAAGAAAAUGUUGGGACAUAAAUCUACUGUAUAUUCAUUAGAUUUUAGCAAAGAAAGUAGUAUUUUAGUAUCAGGCGGUUCAGAUUGUACCGUUCGUUUAUGGGAUGUAAAAAAGGGUACUUCAGAUAGUCCCAAUGAAGAUGAACAUUAUUUGAGCAAAAUUAGAAUGGAUAUAGAUGAAAAUCGCUCACAUUCCUCGCUAGCUAAACAAAAACAAAUAACCGAAACGAAGGACCUUAUAGCAACAUUACCAACAAAACAAACCCCUGUUUAUAAAAUUCAUUUUACUAGAAGAAAUUUAUGUCUUGCAGCUGGUGCUUACGUGCCUACCGAAGAAGAGUUAACAGAAUCAAUGGGCUAUAACGAACAAAAAAGUACUUAA